UUGAUCUCUAAUCCCUCUUGGUCUCAUUGGAAACAAGUCUUAUUAGCUCACUCUAUUUUUACUUUGCAUUGUUUGUUUUACGUAUUUAAAUAACGGGGAUAAGGUGUUGUGCGCCAAACUAAUGACAGCAUCAUUGGUGACGUUCACACAAAGAAAGGCAGAGACUUGCGGUAACCGGGGCACAGCUCUGACGCGUUUUUUUUUUUUUUUUUCCUGCAGCGCUUUGGCGCACACAGAUAUAAAACCCGCUGCGCACCAAGAACCCAGAAGAGCAGAAGAGACGCCACAGGACUGCGUGGAAAUUUGCCAUUGAUUCUCUGAGAAAUAUGCAUCCUAACUUAGUGAGCUGGCUCGGUACUCUGGGCUUCCUGCUGUGGGCGCUGCUCUGCCUGGGAGCCCUGACGGAGGGAUACCCGGUGAAGCCGGAGAACCCCGGGGAGGACGCUCCGGCGGACGAACUGGCCAAGUACUACUCAGCCCUGAGACAUUACAUCAACCUCAUCACAAGACAGAGGUAUGGAAAGAGGUCCAAUCCUGAGAUUCUGGACACACUGGUCUCAGAGCUGUUGUUGAAGGAAAGCACAGACGCGCUUCCACAGUCUAGAUAUGACCCGUCAAUGUGGUGAUGCUGCCAUCAGUGUUCACACAACCUCACGGCUGACAUUCUGACCUCUACACACCUGUCACUCAACACCUUCCCGUCUCAAAAUGACAACCCUGUCACCGUCCCGUUUACCUCUCAGUCGCCACGCAAAGUCAACCCCUCCUCCUUCACCCAUCUGCUACAGUCACAACUGCUUCUAGUAUGUGCCAUAAAAUUGUAAAUAGUUUAUUCAGAGUUCUCAUCUGUGGCACAUUAAAGUAAAGUGGAGGAGGGAGCGUUGAUUGUAUUGCAUUAUUGUGCUAUUAAAGAUAAUUGUUUGAAAAAAUA